AUGUUUUUAGCAGCUAAUCGAAUAAUAAAAGCCAAUGAUCCAAUAUAUAAUGAAUCGAAAAAAUUUUCAAAAAAUCGAAUUUCAACAACAAAAUAUAAUAUAAUAACAUUUUUACCAAAAAAUCUUUUUGAACAAUUUACUCGACUUGCCAAUGCUUUCUUUUUAUUUUUACUUAUUUUAUUAUUUAUACCACAAAUUAGUUCACUUCAACCAAUCACUACUUUAUUAUCAUUAAUAUUUGUACUUGCAAUUACAGCAAUCAAAGAUGGUGUUGAUGAUUUUGCAAGAUAUCGAAGUGAUAGACAAGUUAAUAAUCGACAUUGUAAUAUUUUAAUUAAUAAAGAACUUCUUAGAAAAUAUUGGAGAGAAAUUAAAGUUGGUGAUAUAAUACGAAUUAAUAAUAAUGAUUUUACACCUGCUGAUAUGAUAUUAAUUUCAACAAGUGAACCUAAUGGAUUAUGUUUAAUUGAAACAGCUGAUUUAGAUGGUGAAACAAAUUUAAAACCUCGAGAAGCACUUGAAGUAACAGUUAAUAUUCAAGAUGAUUUAGAAAAAUUAUCAAAAUUUGAUGCUGAAAUUGAAUGUGAACCACCAAAUAAUAACUUUCUUCGAUUUGAAGGUACUUUAAAAUGGAAUAGACAAAUAUAUUCAUUAAAAAAUGAUAAUUUUUUAUUGCGUGGAACACGAUUAAGAAAUACAGAGUGGGCUUUUGGAAUUGUAUGUUAUGCUGGUCCAGAUACAAAACUAAUGCAAAACAGUAAUACACCAAAAUUCAAGCGAACGAAAAUUGAUAAUUGGCUAAAUAAAAUAAUCUUAGGAGUAAAUUAUUUUAUAUUGUCAUAG